GCCCCUGAGGCUGGAGCCAUCUUUGGAACCCUGGGGCAGGACCCUUCCAGCCCCAGGGAGCAGCAGUUGGCCUCACACCGGCAGCUUCUCUGGACUGCUGGAAGGCUUGGAGCUCGACUGUCAGGCCUCCCUGCUCCACCGAGACCUCCAGGAGGGGAAACCCGGGGACUGUUCGUGUCACUAUGAGCAAAGACAGAGCUCCCUUAUUCUGUCGGAUGAACAAUUAUAAGCCCCUACAGGAUGCCUCAGGAAGCAUCAAGGAUGAAAAGGAUGCUCAAGACUUGAUCUUAGAAGAGAACAAAGAAGUGGAAUCUUUAAGAAAUUCCAGCUUGGUUACAGGAGCAAGAAAAAUGCGAGGGGCAAUGGAGCGACUUGAUAAAUUGCAUAUGUCAGCUGUGCUUAAGCUGGAGUCGGCUUUGGACAGACAGCGAAUUUCCAGGAAGAUCCCCCCAGAGGCUGCUCCAAUCUCUCUAACCUGUAAAAUGAAAGCCAGAGAGAAGUACCAAUCCGACCUGUGGUUAGAAAUUGAACACCUGAAUAAGGGUUUAAUGCAGCCAGACCCAAGUUCGUCCUCCUUGGCACUUUUUAAUACAACCACCAACGCUGUGGCUCAGUGUGAAGCUGAUCCAGUGGAGAACGUAUUUGAACAGGAUCUAAAGAUCAAGUUUUACAUCGGUUCCGGGUCCACAUCUCCGUCCUCACACAGUGGAGACGAAGCCGACCCGGUUAAGAUUACAGAUUCUGCUCACCUUCCAGUUCACACCCCAACAAUAAAGAGAAGAGACUGUCACAAUAGAAUCCUCUUUCCAGCAAAGAAUAAGACCCACCGGUUUUUCCUCACAUCCUUCACGGCCCCUACCAAGUGCCACCAGUGCACAUCUCUGAUGGUGGGUUUGGUAAGGCAGGGCUGCUCCUGUGACGUAUGUGGGUUCUCAUGUCACACAACCUGUGCAGAAAAAGCUCCAAGAACUUGUCCAGUGCCUUUGCAUCAGAAGAAAGGCACCUUCUGUCUAGACCCACAGAAAGGCACGGGAACAGCCUAUGAAGGCCACGUCUGGAUCCCAAAGAAAGCAGGAAUGAAAAAAGGAUGGCAGAGGGCACUGGCUGUAGUUUGUGACUUCAAACUCUUCCUGUAUCAUGUGGAUGAAGAAAAAGGCUCAAAACCCAGUGUUGUAGCAAGUCAUGUGAUUGACUUAAGGGACGGAGCAUUUUCUGUCAGUUCAGUCUGGCCCUCAGAUUUUAUUCCCGUAAAGAGAAGGGAAAUGCCUCGUAUGUUUAAAGUCACAGCUUCCCAGCUCUCAGCGCCUAGUGACAGAUAUUCAGUCGCAAUAUUAGCAGACAGCGAGAAUGAGAAGAGUGAGUGGGUGGGAGCGCUGAGUGAGCUGCACGAGGUGCUGAGGAAAAGCCAUCCCCGAGACCGCUCAGUCUAUGCUCUGAAAGAGGCUUGUGACCGCCGUCUGCCCCUGAUCAAAACCACCCAGACAGCUGCAAUCGUAGAUCGCAAAAGAAUCGCUCUGGGAAAUGAAGAAGGGCUGUUUGUUGUCCACGUUACCAUAGACGAAAUUGUUCGAGUGGGUGACAUGAAGAAGAUUCAUCAGAUUGAGCUCAUCCCCCAUGGCCAGAUGGUUGCAGUGAUCUCGGGGCGAAGUCGCCACGUGCACCUGUUUCCCAUGUCAGCUCUGGAUGGACAAAAGGCUGAUGUUCACAAACUGGCAGAAACCAGAGGGUGCCAGACCAUGACUUCCGGAACAGUGUGCCAGGGGGCUCAUACAUGCCUCUGCGUAGCUAGGAAAAGCCAAGUCUUCUGUUAUGAACUGUUUCAGAGCCAGAAAAUGUCUCACAGGAAAUUCAGAGAGCUCCAGACCCCAACCAACGUCCAAUGGAUGGCCAUCUGCAGCGAGCAGCUGUGUGUGGGAUUCCAGUCGGGGUUCCUGAGAUACCCCUUGAGGAGAGAAGGAGCUCCGUACAGGAUGCUGCAUGCGCAUGACCCGACACUGUCGUUUAUUGCGCAUCAGCCGGUGGAUGCUCUCUGUGCCGUUGAGGUCUCUAGUAUUGAGUAUCUGUUAUGUUUUAAGAGCAUUGGAAUUUACACGGACAGCAGGGGCCUCAGGUCUAGGCCAACUGAGCUGAUGUGGCCAGCAGCUCCAACCUACUGCCGUUACAAGGCCCCGUAUCUCUCAGUGUACAGUGAAAAUGCGGUGGACGUCUUUGAUGUGAACUCCACGGAGUGGAUCCAGACCAUCCCCCUCAAGAAGGUUCGACCCUUGAAUAGUGAAGGAUCCCUAAAUAUUUUACUUUUGGAGACAGUUAGAUUAAUAUAUUUCAGAAAUAAGAAGACAGAUGGAGAUGAGCUGGUGUUCCCCGGACCAUCAGAGAAUCCUCAGGAGCAGAUGACCCGACACGUCAGCGGCAAGCGGCUUUCCUCCUCUAGGGUCCCCAGAGGGAAAGCGAAGCCGUCCUCGGGGCUGUGA